CAAUCAGCUGUUUGUAAUGACAGUUCCCCUGACAAAUACAAAAUGGUUGAAGACUAAAGUUGGCAAACAAAGAAAGACAGCGUAUUAUUGCUUGUUAAUGCGAAAAAAUAACUUUAUUCAGUGAAAGUUAAUUAAUUUUAAGUGUAUAGUGUGUAUAGUGCAAAAUGUUGGAUCUAGAAAUCGUUCCAGAACGUUCCCUGGGUUGCGAGGCCUGGGAAUUUGUUCUAGGAAUGCAUUUCUCGCAAGCCGUUGCUAUAAUUCAGAGUCAAGUUGGCACAAUCAGAGGUGUUCAAGUACUCUACAGCGAUCAGAACCCUCUCUCCGUAGACCUAGUGAUAAAUAUGCCCCAAGACGGGAUUCGAUUAAUAUUCGACCCUGUCGCGCAGCGGCUGAAGAUCAUAGAGAUAUACAAUAUGAAAUUAAUUAAACUUAGGUAUAGUGGCAUGUGUUUCAAUUCACCUGAAAUAACGCCAUCUAUCGAGCAAGUGGAGCACUGCUUUGGUGCGACGCAUCCCGGCCUCUAUGACAGCCAACGACAUUUGUUCGCGCUUAACUUUAGAGGACUCACCUUUUAUUUUCCUGUUGAUAGCAAAUUUGAGCCGGGCUACGCUCAUGGCCUGGGCUCGCUACAAUUCCCCAAUGGCGGUUCGCCGGUAGUAGCGCGGACCACCAUCUACUACGGAUCGCAGCACCAAGCGUCAAAGCCGAACAGCGGCGGGCGGUGGUCCGCACCACUAGCGGAUCUCCCGCCAUCGUGUUACCGACAGCAGUUGCACCUGCGUCGUUGCGAUGUCAUCCGCUCCGCCAGCAGUACGGUGGCGUUGCGGCUGCACCUGCUGGCGGAGGGCGGCAGAGGUGGGGCUGCUGUAAGCCGCCGACGCGUUGUCCGCUUUGGUGACAGUUGUCAGGCGGUUUCUCGUGCGCUGGCCGCUCCGGCCCGCCUCUACUACAAGGCGGAUGAUAAGAUGCGCAUACACCGUCCGACCGCACGCCGUCGGGCCCCGCCACACACGGACUAUUUCUUCAACUACUUUACACUUGGGCUGGAUGUGCUGUUCGAUGCGCGUACGCACUCGGUGAAGAAAUUCGUGCUGCAUACGAACUAUCCGGGCCACUACAACUUUAAUAUGUACCAUCGUUGCGAGUUUACGCUACACGUGCAUCCUGACAAGUCCGAAUCCAAUGCGCUAGUGGAGUCCCGCGGCGGCGUCUGUAUAACGGCGUACAGCAAGUGGGAAAGCGUGUCUCGUGCUUUGCGCGUAUGCGAACGGCCCGUUGUUCUCAAUCGGGCGUCCUCGACGAACACAACUAAUCCAUUCGGUUCCACCUUCUGCUACGGUUAUCAGGAUAUCAUUUUUGAGGUGAUGUCCAAUAACUACAUAGCGUCAAUAACCCUAUACCAACCCGAGGGAGCUACCCCGCAAUACGCCGUUGACUCUAUCGCGUGACACACACAGGUGCCACAAAAAAUCGGCAAAAAAUUAAAAACCUGAAUGCCAGUUUGACAGUCUACAGUCGACGCCUGUCGGUGUUGCCACAUCAAAAAUAAAACCCAACCUCUGGCGAAAUAAUACAUAUCCACUACCAACCGAAGAGGAAACAGUAUUUUAAAAAAAUGUGAUAAAACUGUGAAAAAUACUAAAAAAAAGUGAGUGACCGAUCUCAAGAUAGUAUGCUUUAUUUUAAUGUUAGCAGAAAUUGACAGUUGUUUUUUGACAAGUGACGUGUUCGAGGGGCAAACCUGACGUUUCAUUAUUUAGUCAAUUGUGUUUUUAAAUUUGACAAUUUCCCAAAGUAUAAUAGACUGUUGUAAAUAUCGAAGGAUAUAAUUAUGUAUAAAAAUGACGUAUUUUUUCUAAAAAAACUUAGGGUGUGAGUUGUGAAAAAAAUGUGCUAAAAUAUUUUGUAAUAUGCACUAUGUUUUAGGUCUAAUUGUAAGGUAAGAUCAUAGAUGGGAAUGAUUUUUAUUUAAGUUUUAAUUUAGACGUUUAUAUUUAUUUUUCGGAAAUUACAAAAUCAUUCAUUAUGGUGCCUGUAACAUUUUUAUCUAUGAAUUUAUAUAGUUAGGUAAGUGGUAGGUUUCAUAAUUAUUCAAAGAGCUUUGCAUAUGAAAAUAUUACUCAUUUUUUUAAUAUAGGUACAAUCCGUGGGGCAAUUAUCGCCUUUAAUUCAUUCCAAUAGUUAAAAAAAUAAGUCUAUAUUGUCACAAAUAUUCCGUCAUUAAUGGAGAUUUGUCUUAUUGGUAUUUACCAUCACUUCAGUAGAUUAAGGAUAUUAUUUUUUAUCGAGAUAUGAUAUUAAACAAAAGUUGAGACUUAGAUCCCACAAAAACCUUAAAACCGGAGCAAUUUUUAUUUUUAAUCACAGAAUAUAUUUCACGUAUUCUCGCUUUAGACGUUAUUUUUAUGAUGUUUCACAGCUCUGUAACUUCCAACAUUCUCAAUCUAGCUACAGUUUUUGUACCCGAUACCGAGAUUCAUCUACGGAUAUUGAGAGAACUUUGUCACAUGCAUACAAAAUGUCGUCGCUAUAGACUAAGGCCCCUAUAUCAAGACUUAUUAUGCGUUUAAUAUUAUUCAAAGAUAACUUUCACAUCAAUUUUUCGCACUCGGUCUGUUAGUCGAUUAUCGUUGAGAUAUGAAGAAAUCAUAUGAGAUCAUCUUAUCAGUUUCAUAUUAAUGUCCAUGUUGUGAUUUGAUUGAUAUGUCGAUUACGAAAAAACUUCAUGCUGCACUUUUAUUGUAAUCUGCAAAUGAAUAUAUUCUCUUAAUAAAUCAAAAUUAUAUCUAACGAUUAAUAAUCAAAUAUUCUAAAGAACGCGGCGCUCUAUGAAAUUUAAUCCCUAAUUAGAGCAGUAAAGAAUUAUCUGGAUCUGUAAUAAUAAUAAUAAUUCUGUGCUUCUCCCAUAAAACCACGUUAUACUGGUUUCCAAACUAGGUAAGAGCAUGUGUUCUGGAUAACCAGGCUUCCAUUCCACAGCAAAGUCAUACUGAGUGAUAACAAAAAGUACAUACAUAUAUGGGUAGGCGAACAAAUUUAAAGUUUUUAAAAUGAAAAGUUGUCCAUGGUGAAACCGUUUACAUAUUUACAAAGAUUACAGCAAUACUUCAUAACUGACGUUUGGGAUCGAGUUUUAAUCAAAAGUUUAAUGAUUUGUUAAUUUUAUUAAUUAGUGUUCAUUUAAAUUCUGUUUUGUUGCUUAAAAAAAUCAAAUUGAUGCAUUCGUUAUUCUAACCCGUCAAAAGGGUUCUAAACAGUCCCUGCAAUGUAAACGUCUUAAACGUCAAGUUUUUACGAUUUGCGGGAUUUUUGUUAAAUUACUUUACUGCAUCCGUUAAAAGCCAUUUUAUAAACAGAUUCCUCUGAAUAAUACUUAUAUAAUACCUGCGGCUGAGUUUCAUCAUCGGACGUCGAGGCAGAACACGAAAUUCCACCCGUAUCACCUCGACGUCCGCCGUUUAACGACUGAGCGUUUUUCAAGGCAUUUUUGC